UCGAGUAUAUCUUACGUCGUCCUGAGAAUCUUUUGACUGUCGCCUGUCGACGCAUAGCUCAUGCUGAAACCCUCGCUCGAUCAUUUCCCCGGGCGACACCAAUUUCACUUGACGUUACUAAAGAAAAAGAGCUCGAUGCAGCAGUUUCAAAGCAUGAUUUAGUCAUAAGCCUUAUUCCGUACAUACAUCACCCUCUUGUGAUCAAAUCUGCCAUUAAAUUCAAAAAAAAUAUGGUCACAACAAGCUAUGUUUCACCUGCAAUGAGAAGCUUUGAUGAAGAGGCCAAAGCAAAUGGGUUAACUAUCUUGAACGAGAUAGGUCUCGACCCUGGUAUUGACCAUCUUUUUGCAGUUAAAACUAUCAAUGAA